AUGGGUGCAGCCACUGCUGUUUGCGAGAAGUUGGGAAGGUAGGAUAUAGAGGGAAAAUUAAUUUGUAUCUGGAAGCAACGAUAAACCAUUGCUUACUAAAAACGAUUUUGAGCAGAGUUCAGUUGUUAGAGAUGCUAAAAUAUAUAUUUUCAUAUUAAGGUAAAAUAAUUAAAUAGAUAUUAUAUAUUUUUUUUUUUUAUUAUUAAUAUUUGUUUUAUAUUGUACCAAUUUUCCUGUUUUUUCUAUGUUUUCCACAUUUGCUGGGAAAACUCUUAAAAAACAAAAAAUAACUUCCCUAAAGUAUCUUCCCAGUCAAUAAAAUUGCUAUCAUUAUAAAUUGGAGCAAAAUUGGUGGUAGAAAAGUUUGUUCACGAAAAAAGAAGGCCGUAAUGUUUUUUUAACUAAUACCUACAUUUCGUACAUUUUCCCGUUUUUCCUCCCUUUUUUUUUCGGUUUUUCAUAUUUGCUAAAAGCCAGGGAAAAUCGAAAAAUUACCUCUUUAAAUUACCUCCCCAGUAAGAUUUCCUUUUAGAAAAGUAAAAAAAAGACAACUUGAGAUACACAUCUUUAUAGAUUUUAAAAUAAUAGGCCGUAAUUCAAUGACUUAAAGAAAGAUAAAUAGAAAAAAAAAUAUUAGUAUACUCUAAAAACGUAAAGCAAUUAAAAAAAAAAUUUUUGAACAUAAUCAGAAGAAUUUAAUUUUGAAAAAUAAAAUAGCUACACUGAAAAACAGCUAUAAUUGAGUUACAUCCUUCAUAUAGAAUGUCGAAAUAUACAAGUAUAUUCUAUUUUAUAAAUAUAUUUUUUUUCUCUAUAACUAUGAGAUUGUCUAACAAAAUUUAAAAUUAACACAGUUCAAUUUGAUUUUUUUUUUCUGAUCUCUCUGCCAUAGAGUGUACUAUUUAUCAUGCACGGCUGCGGUCGUCAGAUAUAGUCUUAUAGAUAAUAAAAAUCGAUUUACUUAGCUCAUAGAACGGUACUCUCCACUGCAGGGGAUUCAGUGUUUCUUCUACUGCCAAACCAUUUAGUCAUGUGAACGCAGUUGAAGAUUUCUGUUAGUUACCGAAAUUGUUGGCAAUUACCGCGAUUCGGUAGUCAGUACGCAAUCACAGUUAGGUACCUUUACGACGUUGUGUUAAAAUAUAAUAAUUCAAGGUUUAAUUGGUCAUCUUUUGUUCGUAGGUAUUAAAACUACUCAACCGUGGAACGGCGGUACCGGUAAUAGAAGCUGGUGAAGAAAAUUAAAUACUGAACAGUAAUCAACUUCAUUAUUACUUUGAUGACCGAAGAAAAAUUUACCUGGGUAAUAUGUAUAACAUUUUGUUGCUAACUAUGUUACUAUCCUCCUGCACACAUUAUAUAAUUUUCUUAUAGCCGAUGUGGAUUCACCUUUCUUACAAUUAUAUUUUUUUAUUCCCAAACUGUAGUUGUAAGAUAACAUUAGAUACAUACAAAUAUCUUUAUAUAUCUACGGUUAUAAAUUAAAACCAUCUUUGGCGGUAAUCGGAUAUUAAAUUGAAAUUUACGUUUAUCUGCUUUGCCGCCAUUUAAAUCGAUGACCUCCCUUGAAUACCCCCCCCCCCACCACCAAGAGUACGCUGUUAUCGCCGCGCUUCACUGGGCAUAGUAGCGUCCUCUGAUUCGCUUAUCCCGUCCAAGCUGUGUGGUAAUAUGUCUAAAAAUUACCGUUUAAAGUUUCUGAUUACCAUCUGUCUAUUAUUCGAAAUUUUAAAAUAAUUAAAUCAUAGUGAUAUAAUGACCGUAAAAUUACCGCAACGGCAUUUUAUCCGCGCUUACCACGUUUGAUCGUCUCCUAAUUCUACGACAUUUGAUAAUAUUGUUCACGAUUAAAUCCAACUCACUAGAGGCCACUAUAGCUCACUGGACGUCCAUAGAUUCAGGUAAACAAUAACACACGUUCUACAUUAAUUUGAGCAUACUAAAGUUUGUAAGACCGUUAGCCAAUUAUAAAUUAUUUAAAUACCAGCGUGUGAUUAUCGUACAUCGAAACUUCGCGUAGUCUCGGUGAAAAAUCUUGAUUUUAUUCUACUGUUCGUUUGUCUAUUCAUUUUUUCUUUUAUUACUAUCCUCGUGAUUCAUUUAACAUAAAACACUCAUUAUUUCGCAAAGUGUUGAAUUAAAUAGAGCUGAAAAUUGGUACACACCUCAAGUAUAUCAUUAUAAAUGAUAUUUCAAAAGUCCCCACCGAUUCUAUUGCUGCUAUAAAAUAUAUUUUAUUCACAAAAAGUGAAAAAUUAUAGUCACAAAAAUAGGUUUUUUUCACAGAUCUCUUAAACUUUAAAUAUUUUCACAUAAACAACUUUACAUAAUUUAUAGAUCGAGUAAUUUACUAAAAAAAAGUAUCUUUAGUUUUUUUUCUAUGAAUAAUAUUUCAUUAGAUAUUGUAGUUUUUAUUAAUAAUAUUACAUAAUUAUAUAAUCAUUAUAUCUUAUCGUUACGAUUAAACGGAAAACUAUAUAAACAUCAUAGGUGCAACCACUGUUGUAGGGGGGAAGGUAGGAUACAGACGGCAAUUCAAAUUUCAUCUUAUAUCUAUAUAUCUGUAAGCAACGAUAAACUACUGAUAGCGAAAAUCGAUUCUGAGCGGAAUUCAGUUGAUAGUGUUGCUUUGUCAACAAUAUAUAUAUACAUCAUAUUAUGGUAAAAUGAUUACAAAAAUAUUCGUUUCCAUAUUCUAUAACAACAAUGAUAAAUAACAAAAAAAUAAAUAAAAGUGGUUGCCAAUGAAAACCUUAUUUUUAAUCUUUCAAUCUUUUUUAACCUAAAGAACAAGAUUUUCCUCAUUAUCUCAAAUAUUAAUUAGAAUUUCAAAAAAUGACCACCCAGAGAACAUUUCCUUUCAGAAAAGUACUUAAUAAUUGGAAAAAAAUUUCUAGAAAAAAAAGUGUUCAUAUUAAAAAAAAAAAAACAUCUUUGUAAAAUCAAUACAUUCUUCACUAAACUCAGAAUCUAAAUGGAAAGACUUACAAAUUACAUUUUAUAGAAAUAUUUUAAAUAAAUUAUCAUUAUAUGCUAUUACCAUAGAUACCCAUACAGCAUAGGGAAUGUACUACAAAAAUGUAAAACUAUGUUUUUUACACAUUGAUAUUCGAACAAAUUAAUGAAAUUACUGGAAAAUAUUAAAAUAGUAUAAACAAGUGUUAUAAGAUUUUAUUAAUCUAUCUAUAUAAAAACGAAUAUAUGUCUGUUUGUCCUUUAUACAUUACUAUUACAUUUAUCCGAUCGCCAUGAAACUUCAGGAAGUUGUUCCAUGUUGUGCAAAGAAGGUAUAAAGCUAUUGAAAUCUACUCCUAUUGAAUACUAUUUCCUAAAAUUUUGUUUUUAGAUAUUUUUAGUAUAAAAAUCUACUUAAUUAUUUUUAUUGAUUUAAGAGUUACAUUGGUAACAAGGAUGACUGAAAACAUAGUUAUACAUUUUCAUAGUACAAUUCCUGUGCUGUGUGGUUACCUAUUGUAAAAGAAUAUAAUGAUAAUUUAUUUAAACAUUUCUAUAAAACCUAAUUUGUAGGUACCUAUUUUUUUUUUUCAUGGUUUGGGUUAUCACUGGAAGGAAAAUAAUACGAUAAGAAUAAAAUAAGGAACAAUAAAUAGAGUUCUAUAAUUGAUAAGGAGAAAUUAAUAAUUAUUGCAUAUUGACAAACUUAUUAGCCAUGUUACGUAAAAAUGUACAAAAUUUUGAUAAAUCUGUUAACUUUAUUUAGAAAUGCUUUAAUUGUACGGGCAAAACCCGACGGGACAGAAGAAAAUAACAAUUCCAUUUGCGAUAGACAGUCGCUAUUAUUUAUAUUGUUUUCCAUAUAAUCGUAAUGGUAAAAUACAAUAAUUAUAAUAUUAUGUAUUAUUUGAACCAAACUGAAAAGUUUGGUUCCGGAACCUAAAAGACCUUAAAAUAUUGGCAACCGGAACGUAACCGGAUCUGAAUUUAAAUAAUUUAAACAAUUAAAUAAAUAACAAUUAAUUAAACAACGGGUACUAAAAAUUAAUAAUAAGUAAUACCUAUCAUGAACUAUAAAAAAAUAGUACCUAGUUCAUUAAUAAUAAUUUGAACAUUUUAAAUUUGUUCAUUCAUGUUUAAACUUUGUUAGGUACUAUGAUUAUUGGUUAUCAGUGUUAGGUUGUGGUGUUAAUACAGAGAAAAUUUUAAAAAUGACAGAUAAUCAGGAUAUAGGUUAUGUUUUUAAAGUAGAUUUAAGUUAUCCUAAAUAACUUCAUGAUCUUCAUUCAGAUUUCCCCUUAGCAUCUGAGAAUAUGUUUGAUAAAAAAAAUUACUUAAGUUAACAACAACUCUAUAUGAUAAGAAAAAAUAUUUUCUCCAUUACAUUAAUCUUAGAUUGUAUUUAAAUUUAGGUUUAAAAUUGGAGAAAAUACAUAAAGUAAUGGAAUUUAAUUAAUUUUCUUUGUUGAAAUCAUAUAUUGAUUCUAAUACAGAGCUUCAAAAAAAUUUAAUAAAUGAUUUCGAAAAAGAAUAUUAUAAGUUAAUGAAUAACAGUGUUUUUGGUAAAACUAUGAUGAAUACAAGAAAACAUAAAGAUAUAAAAUUAAUUACUGAAGAAAAAAACUAGAAAAAUGGGUUGUUAAACCAAAUGACUUUUAUACAGAUAUAAAAAACAAUGAACAACUUUUAAAUGAAUUUGAUUUUUCAGAUUAUUCUGAGAAUAAUAAAUAUGGAAUACUCUUAAUAAAUAAAAAAGUUCUUGGUAAAUUCAAAGAUAUAAUAAUAAUACAAUAGUAAUAUUUAUUUUUUAAAGAGAACUGUUCCUAGUGUAAUGUUUAUGUGAAAAUAGUUUUUUAAAUAUUAUUAAAUUAAAGUAUGUGAACGAAGAACAGAAAAUAAAACAAUGUGAAAAGAGAUCAGGGAAUAAUAAUCUAACUAUAAUUUCUGUUAAAUAUUUUCUGAUGUUAAGUACCUAAAUUACAUUUUCAAAAUCCGGCCCAGAACCUUUUGCAUUUAUUUACUACUAUUAGGUAUUUAUUUAUUUCAUUGCUCCAUUAUCAAACUACUAUUAUUUUAGUUACCUCUCCACAGUGAUAGAUAUUAGAUAUAUUGUUACUGUUAUUGUUUUCUUACAGAGUGUAUAAAAUAAUAAAAUGUCUUCUUAAACUAUUUAUUACUAUUAAGUAAGUAUGGUCGGUGUGAUCAAUUUAUUGUAAGACACUCUAUCUCGGAAAAUGAUAUUUUUUCGAAAUUUAUGAAAUGCCGUGCACUGACUCGCCACACAAAUGAUGCUCCACUUUUCUCCCACGACCUAAACUUAAAAGUAGAAUAUCUCGUCAACUGAUUGACGGAAAUUAAAAAUUUAAACGCCAGAAUUUAUUUUAAUUACUAAUCCAUCUAUUUAUGGAAUUUUAAUUAUAGGUCGCCUUUUGAAAAUCAAAAGUAGUACUUUCACCUCCCAAAAUUAAGGUGAUAAAAAAUAAUGUAAAUGUAAAAUUGCAGAACUAUUUGUUUCUAAAAUUGUUUAUAAAACAAAUGUCGAAAAAAGUUAAUACUUUCUAAGAUAUUAAGUAUCAUAUGAUAGAUUAAUCACUCUGUAUAUUAAAUACCUACAGAUAAUAUAAUAGUACAAACAUUUGAAGUUUCACAACUAUAUACUUACAGUAGUAUGAUUACUAUUAAGUUAAAAUUCCGAGGAUCAUUAUAGUGAAUAUCUAUACUAAUAGUGAAAUAAAAUAAUAUUAGAAUUUUUCUAAAUAGAAUUACUCUGCAAGAAUUUAGUGUAUUGUUUUAAUUAAUUUUUCAACACAGUAAGUACCUACCGAAAUGUUCAACGUGUCUGUUUAUUGCCUAUCUUAUUUUCAAAAUAUUCUAUUGCUGUUGGAAAAAAUAUUUCUAUACCAAACCAAUACCACACAAAUUCUGAGUUUUCAUAUAUGUUUGCACAAUCAACUAUAAAAUUAUAUUUUUAUUUUAUUCAUUCAGGGACCUAGUAUUUACCCAUAAUAAAUUAAUGUCAUUAUUAAUGACAAUUAUAGGUACCUAGUUUAUAUUAAUUAUUAGAUAUAUAAUAUGACAUGACAAUUGUAAUUUGAGGAUGUGAAGUAAUUUUUUUUAAAGGUAAUUUUGUAAGUAAGUCUUACCAAAUAAAAUUAAUUAAUUUCUUUCUUUCUACUAUUUAUAAUAUAUCUAAGGCUUUCAGUAUUUAUUUAAGAUAAUUGUUACUUAGAAAUUGAAUAAUAUUAAUAUUAUAUUUAGACAAAUAGGUAACUAUUUGUAUAGUUUUAUUGGAAAAUUGACAUCAUGAUUAUUUCAUAUUAUUUCCAAAGUCUAUUAUAAAUCUAUAAGUAUUUUGUAUACUUACACACAUUAUUUUAUUAUUCUUUUUUUUUUCAAUUAAAUUGUCAAAACUGACUUGUACACCGUGAAACAAUAACUGUUAUAGGUGAUAUUAUAGGUGUUAUAGGUUUGAUGAUUCAUUAAAUUAUUAGUACAACAAAAUAAUUAUGAACAGUUAUCAUUCUAUUCAUUAAAUAUUAACCUGCAAUUGAUUAGUUGUGAAAAAAGAUAGCCUUCUACUAUAUCAGUUGUAGUAGUAAUUGAGAAUAUUUGUUAAAUGUUGUAUUAUUAAAAGCAACUAUAUUGUAUUUAUUAUAAGGUUGUUACAAUAUUGAAUGAUUGAAAUUCCCUAAUUUCCAUACAUAAAAUUAAUACAGCCAUGAUUAAACAAAGUACCUAUAGUAAUAAAAAAUACCAAACAAAUGAGAAUUUAAAAAUAAUAAAUACAAACACUUCAAAAAAAAAUGUGUCCAAAAUUAAUAUUAAUAAAUAUAGGUUGAUAUUCAUUCUAUGUAAUCCCUGGAAUGCACAAGAGAUGAAAUAAAAUUUUUUUUAUAAAAUAUUAUACAAACCAUUUUUUAAUUAAUAUUUAUCAAUUUAUUCAUUCUUAGAAUUAGAAACAGGAACUUUUCAUUCACUGUUCAUACCAAACAACUGAAAUUUUGGAAUUUAAAUAAUGAUUGAUAAUGGACUGUGCUUUAAAUUGUGAUUUUUAGCUCAAUACAUUUUUUAACAAAUAAAUUGUUAUCUCUGAUAAUAGUCUAGUCUAUUUUUUUAUCACAUAAAAACAUGUUCUUUUUUCCAGUUUCCAAUAAAAAUCUAAUAAUUAUAAUUUAUUUUGUAAAUGAACCACAGUGUGAACACCUAUUAAAACAUGGGCAUCAUAAGUUUUAUACAAAAAUAAUUAUUAUUUUUUUACUCAACAAUUGUCUUUUUAUUUCAAGUGAAACAUAGGUAGUUUGAAAUUAUAUUAGUAUUGCUUCAAAUUAAUGAUUACCUAAUCAUAAGUACUAAGUAGGCAAUUAUCAGUACACCUCUAAGUCUUAAAUUUCAAUACAGGUGUAUACAGUAUGACAUGCAAUGUAAGGUAUAUUAAAUUUUUUAUCAUUAAUGAUAGUUACAAAAAAAUAUUGUAUUUAUUAAAAUUAGAAAUGUUAUUCUUACCUACCAUUAUGUAUAAAAUGUAAUGAACAUAAAUAUCUACAACAGAUAGUUAAAUAAAUAACUUUGUACUUAACUGUCAAUAGUAUUAAAUAAUGUAUGAUUGUUUACUGUUUUAAUUUCUCGAGCUCAUUGAAAAAAAUGAAAAAAGUUACUAUACAUUUUUCAAUUGAUGAAUUAUCAACUAAAACAAUGUUAUGUCUAAAAUUAGAUUGUUAAUAUUAAAAUGAAGAUAGUAGGAUUUUUUAAUAUUUCAUUGUAAAGACUAAUGAGAUUAUUCAAUCAAUUUUUAACUGAUGAUAAACCUACAUUUGCUUUGUGAUAAAGAUUAUCUAUUGAAUACUCAUUAAAUAAUAAGACAUUAUUAUCAGAAAAGUAGAUAAUUAUAUCAUGAAUUUUAAGAUUUAAUAAUCCAUGUAUAUGUACUUACAAGAAAUAAAACUGGACCUAAUAUGUUCACUUGAGGGUCACCAAAAUUAAUCAAAAUUUCAUUACAUAAACAAUUUUUAUUUUAACCAUUUGAGUUCUAUUAAAAAAUAUGAUUUAAAUAAUUAUAAUGGAGUAUCUCCAAUAACACAAAACUAGUAUAUUUGUCAUUAUAUCUUGAUUAAUGGAGUCUAAAGCAUUUUUUAGUCAAUAAACAAUCCUAAUAAAUUAUUAUUUAUAUGAAUAUACCUUGUGACAUUAAACAUGCCAUGAUUAAUGUAUAAUCCUUUCUAAAACCAAAUUAAUUCUUACUAAAAAAAAUUGUAUUUAUCUAAAAGUUUAAGUAAUUUAGUUUUAUAGAUUUUUCAAAAAGUAUACUAAUUGUUAAAGUCAAAGAAAUAGGUCUGUCAUUAUUACAUAACUUUGCAUUACCAUUUUUAAAAAAGGGGAUAAUUAGAGAUUUUUUUUUAAAUAAGUCAGGAAAAAAUCCCAGAGAAGAAACAUUUAUUCAAAAUAAUUUAUAGUGGAAAAGCUAAGACUUUACUAGUGUUUUUAAGAACCUUAUUAGUAGUAGAAUUUACAAUGUAGCAGAUGUUUUAUUUAAUAUCUUUAAUACAAUUUAUCGAUUCACAUACAGAAAUAUAAAAUAGAAUUAGAAAUAUGCCCACCACUAUAGACGUGAUCAGGUGUAGGGAGGUAGGGGGUUCAAGCUUCCCUCCCAUGGGCACUUGAAAAAAAUAUUAUAUAUAUUAUGUGCUUACAUAAUAUGAUUAUAAUUAUUUUAUUUCUCAAUUUUAGAUAUUUUCUUUUUUUAUGUAAUUCAUUAGGUACUAAUAUUUAUCUACUAUUACUAGGUACUAGGUAUUUAUCUCCUUAUUAGUCUAUAUUAUUUGAUAACGUGUAGUAACCAUAAUUAAAAAAAAAAAAAUCAAAAAUUCUUGACUUCUUAAAAGAAGCAAUGGACCUUGCUGAAGUUAUUGUUGCCCAGGAAUUUUCAAUGGGAAGGGGGAGUAAUUUCUAGAUAAAUAUGUAAAGGGCUAUUGGCAUAUACCACUCUAGUUAUGACAUUUAUUAUUAUUUUUAAUAAUUAUAAUAUAAAAAAAAGACGUCCUAGGAUAAUGGGGUCGAAUGCAGGCACUGUUAUAGGUAAUUUAAUGUAUAUCUGUAAGCAACUAUAAACUAUUGCUAAUGAAAAAACGAUUCCGAGUGCAGUACGGUGUUCAGUUGAUAGUGAUGCUUUGAACAAUAUGAGGUGUGGCUAUUAAAUAAUGAGACUUGUUACGAAAAAGUGUUAUUAUAAAAAUUAUUCUACAUUCAAAUGCUCCCCUUCAAUAUACUCCCCUCCCCUCGCCACACACCGUUUCAUUAGUUUCUUCCAUUGCUCGAGUGUUGGAAGUCUGUUUUCGUAAGACCAUUCAGGAGUUCCGCCGAUUUCUGUUUCACCUCUUCCAUCGACUCAAACCGGAUUCCUUUUAAGGCAGACUUUAUCUUCGGAAACAAGUAAAAGUUGCAGGGUGCCAAGUCGGGUAAGACGCGUGUUCGAGUACUGGAGUGCCUUAAGCGGCCAAAUAACGCUUCACAGACAGCGCGUUAUGGGCAGGUGCGUUAUCCUGGUGCACAAUAUCGACCGUUUCUUACGAACUCAUUCGCGCAAUGUUGCCAAAACUGUCAAAUAGUAAUGUUGGUUCACAGUUUGACCCUCUGGAACCCAUUUAGUCAUUACGAUGCCGCUGAUCGAAGAAAAUGGUUUUGAAUUGGAUUCCGGUGCACUCUCGACCUUCAGAAAAUAAUUUGUGCCACUCAAAAACACACGCCCGAGAUAGGAAAUCCUCACUAUAGGCCUCUUUUAACAACUUAUAGCACUCAGUUGGAAAUUUUUUUAGUUUAAUGAAAAAAUUUUACGUUUAUCCGUUGCUCAUGUUUUUCGUCACAUGGUUUUCGGCACGAGAAAAAAACACGUUCGUUUCAAACCACUAUUGCACAAAUACUAUAAUAGUGACGAAAAUGUGUUUUGGUACGUGCAUAGAUAAGAUAUCUAGAUCCCAACGCAUUACUCGUUUUUUUCACUACCCAUCUAGGGCGCCCUCUAGGCGAGCAGUCUCGUUAUUUAAUAGCCACACCUAGUAUAUUUGUCAUAUUAUGGUAAAAUAAUUGAAUAGGCAUUAUAUAUUUUAUUUAAUAAUAUUUGUUUCAUAUUAUACCGUUUUUCCCGGUUUUUCAUAUUUACUGGAAUAGCUUUUAGGAAAAUCGAAAAAUUACCUCUCUAAAGUACUUCCCCAGUCAGAUUUCAUUUCUUCAUCACUGAGAGUUUUCCCAAUAUAUUUGAAAAACCAGAAAAAAACCUGAAUUAAACAAAUAUUAUUAAAGUAAAUGUUUGAUGCAUGUGUAAUUAUUUAUCAUAAUAUGAUAUAUAUAUAUAUUGUUGACAAAGUAACAAUAUUAUUUGAACUCUGCUCAGAAUCGUUUUUUUCGUUAUUAUUGGUUUAUCUUUACUUACAGGUAUACAUUAAACUCCCUUCUGUAUUUUACAUUCCCAACUUCUUACCUAAACUAGUGGCUGCAUCCAUUGCAUGUGAGAAGUAUAUCAGUUUUUUUAAGCUUGCUUCUUCCCUAAAAGUUAUUGUGAACUGUUGAAUUUAAAUUGAUAUUUUUUUUUUUAUAAUUUUAAGCAAUUUAUCUAAAGCAAUAUUUGGAUCAAGAUUAAAAAAUUCAGACUUCCAGUUUAUACUUCUGAUUGUGUGGUUUAAGUUGUCAAUGUAUAUAUGUACAGAAUCCAAGUUAUAAUCAUAGUUCAUAAUAAUAAAAUAGUAAUUAUUUAAAUUAUCACUAGUUUGUUAUACUACAUCUUAAAAUAUAAUCACGAAUAUAAAUUUAUUGAUAUUGUUAACAUAAAAGUGAUCAAUACAAGCACUACUAGAUUUUAGUGUUGGUUACAAAUAGUUUCAUAAAAAUAAAAGGUAGCUAAUACAUUAGAAUAAUUGAAGACAUGAUUAUUGUAACCAAAUUGGUUAAUAUUGACGUCACUACAAAUAAAAGUAUUUUUUUUUGCUUUUAUUAAUAUAUAAAUAUGUUUCAAGAGAUUCGAUAAAAUUAGUUGUAUUGGUAAAUAAGGGGGAUCUAUAUCAACCAAAAAUAAUACAUGUUUGUCUAUUAUUAUCUCCAUAGUUAUAUUCUUGUAAAAGCAUAGUUCUACAGAUAACUAUUUUACAUGAAUUAUUUACUAAUAAGGUGAUUAGCCUUAUUAGUUAUUUAUUUUGCAUAUGACAUUAUCAGAUUAUAAAGAUAAAAUAAAAAUAAGAUACAAAUAUAUUAGAAUGAUCAAGAUUAAAAACAAGAUAGACUAUGAGAUUAUAUAACAAACAAACUAAUACUAUGACUCUAUAGUUAAAGGUUUACAGACAACAUUGUUAACUUUUGAAGUGUUAGCUUACAGUCUUAACUUCAGGUUCUCCAUCCAUUUCACUGCAUCCUCCUCUGCUUUAUGCAGUUUCUCCAGUCCUCCUUUAAAUUAUGUUUGUGGGCAGUUAUCAACGAUAUGGCGUAUCGUUUGAUACAUUCCGCAUUCACAGAGGGGGGAUUCUACCUUUCCCCAUUUGUGCAGUAGGUAGUUGUUUUUCCCUUGUUCUAUUCUUGCUCUGUUUAGCCUUAUUAGUAGUAGUAUAAUAAUGAAAUAAUUUAUAUUCAUUUAUUAUUAAAUUGAAAUCCAUAUCAAGCCAAGUUUCACGGAGUAUAAUAAUAUGAACACGAUUUUCUAUGGAAAUUAAUAGAUGUAAAAAAUCAUUUAUAUGAUAUAUCAUUUAUUUUUAUAGGUAUUCAAAUUAUAUUUUAAAUUAUUCUUCUCGACAUUUAUUCUUAUGUAUUUACAUAAUAUAUCUACAUUACUUUUAUUUAGUAGUUACAGUAGAGAAUUCUAAUAAUAAUUUUAUUUCAUUCUACAUAUAUAUAUAUAGCACUAUAGCAGUAUCUAUUAUAUUAUUUUCUACAAGAAAUUUUACAUAGUAAAUAUAAUUUGUAUACAUUAUUAAAUUGACAUCUCUAAUCAUACCCUAACGUCUCUAACUAAUAAUUUAUAGCUGUAAGAUUAUUUGCAAAUAGUUCUUACCAAUAACAGAAAAAUCAAGAAAAUCGGGCAUUAAUUUAGGUCAACCUUCAGUAGGUAAAUGCGUUAAAGAUGUUUGUAACGUAUUAAAUAUACAAACAUUUUAAAUAAAUAUAGACAAUUUAUGUGGCAUUAUAUAAUUAAAGUCAUAAUAGACAGGAGUCAGUAUUACAACAAUUUAAUAAAUAUCACGUUUAACGUCCGAAUACCUACUGCCUGACUACGUCUACCUUAAGCACUUGCCGUUUUCGCGAGACGACUAACCGCAAUUUGAUUCCAGAUUCUGAAUCUACAUUUCAUCACCCACGUUUUCAUCCAUGUUAGAACUCGGCAAAAUAAAUCUAAGUAUUUUAAAAAUAACUUCUAAAGUAGGACGAUCUUACCUACCCUUAGCUAUGGCCGUCUUUCAUUCGACUUCUUAUCACACAUUUAUGCUUAAUUAAUACCUAUUUAACACCUUGAUGGUUUUUUCAAUUUUGGAAACCACUGGGUUCUCUUAUCAUUUAUUGCUAACAGAAAAUACAUCAAAAUAAUAUUUUAGUUAAAUAAUUAAUUUAUUAACUAAUUUUUAAAUAAUAAUUAUAUAGGUUUCCACUGUGACGAUCUUAGUAAUGAUUUUUAACAAGUUUGUGUUAUUUGAUAUUUAUUAGUAAAUACCUUAGACGAGAAUGUCUAUCACAAGUUAAUUUUCACGUGUUUGAUACCUACUUAAUUGAAAACUAAAGAAUACGCGCUAAACAAAGUAAGGAUAAUUUUAUAUAAAUCCUUUGUUUUUUUGAGUGACUUGUUUGAAUAUGUCAAAUUUCAUUAGUAUAAUAUAAUUUAUUACCUUUACUCUGCAGUAUUAUAUAAGCCAUAAUAGCAUAUAUCUAAAUUUUUAUCAUAGUUCAGGGAAACAUUAAAACAAUUUAAAUUGUAAUCAUUAAAAUAAUUUUUAUGGUACUAUUUUAUCUUAGUUAUACCAUAAGAGAACUAUAUAUGAUUAUUUAGUUUUGAAAAAUAAGUUUUAGUAACUUAAUGUAGAAACAUAAAAUGUUCAUCCAAUUUUUAGUUAAAACUUCUGCGUUGUAGACUUUUAUAAAAUAAUAACACAACUAUUAAAUAAAUUAGUUGAAUUUUGUGUAUUUAUAAUCUAUAUUACCUAUACAUAAUAAUUGUUUAAAUAAAUAGUUUUAUAUAAAAUAACACUUUUUGUCUUUAAAAUAUACAAUUUUAUUAGAAUAUUGUUAUAUAAUGUGAAUAUAAAUAUAUAUAUAACCAUAAACAAAACAAUUAGUUAGAGUAAUGAUAGUAAAAUUAAUAGUAGCUAUUUAUUUUUAAGAAAGAUAAAAAUAAUUUAAAAAUUUGAAAUAAAUAUAUAUCUUUAUAUUAUAUUACAAUUAAAUAAUAAAAUCAAAGGCAACUUAACAUUAACUGUUUUCUCAGCCUUUAAAUUCAAAAUAAUAACAAAUAUAAUAAGAAAAUUGUUACUGAAUAAAUUAAAUGUUAAUAUUUUCCUUUGAAUUAAACAUUGAAGCAUUAAGCAAUUCUAUAGAAACAUCUUCAGACUAAUUGACUAUAAAGUGAUUAAACAGUCAAAUAUCAACAGAAAUAUUUGUAGACAUAUCAGCUCUAUUAAAUUUAUUUUGAAAUUCUUGAGACUGAUUGACUAUAAUAGAACUUUCAGAAUUUUUAUCAAUACAAUAUUCAAAUUUGACUGUAGAAAUAAUUUCUUUAAAACUUAAUAGAUUUGGUAUAAUAUUAAAUGAAUUUGAACUAAAAUCUUUUUUGAACUCUCUUUUUAAAUUGUAUUUUUGUAAUACUAUGUGACUACAUAAGAAAUGAUUAUAUGUUUAUUCCAAUUACAGGUAUCUGAAUGCUGUAGUUUUAUUCAUAAUUUACGUUAAAUAUAUGUUUUAAGACAAUGCAUUAUAUUGUCAUUAAUCAUACAAUAGUUAAUAAUAAAGAGUGGGUUUACAUUCUUUUAUAAUCUAUAGAAAAGCUUUAACCAGAUUUAACUUAUUAAAUUAAAUAUCCUUGAACUACAAAAAUGAUUCACAAAAAAAUAAUUUCUUUUAAAUAAAAUUGUAUGUAUUAUUAAAAAGAAUUACUUUUUAUUUACUAUUUUUAUGGCCCUAAAAAAAUAUUAUUUUAUAAGCUUAAAGGAGGACUUUUAAACUCCUUUAUCAUUUUUUUUGCUUUUUUAAAUAUUUGUAAGUGCUUUUUAGGGAUUUUUUGAUGUUUUAAAGUGCCUUUUUGUGAAUUAUAAGAGGAUAUAAAUCUGCUAUCUAGUUAUUAAUUAAAAAAUCCCACUAAUCUUAUGGUUUUUUAAAUGUAAAUUAUUUAAAUAUGCAAUAUUUUCAUAGGGAAAUGAUUUUACUGUGUGAAAUGUUGCAGAUACAUGUGAUACAUUGUAUCACUACAUGGGAAGUAUUUAUUAUUUAUUUUUAUUCUAUUACUAGCCCGUGCAACAAUUGCUUAUCUUUGUGUUAGGUUAUGUCAGAGUGGACUAACUCACUAACCAUUUAUUUGCCCCCCCUCCUAGAAGACUUAUAUUAAAAAAAUCUAAUUAAUUAUAAUAUAUUAAUUUGUGAUGUAAUAAAUUUUGCAUUAUAUAUGUAUGUAAAAAAAUAUUGAGAAUUGGUUUACCCAAUUUGUCAUAAUUUAUUAAUCAAUUUAUUAAUUUUGAUUACAUUUUUGUAUUUGAUAGCUGUCAAUCCAUAAUCAUGGGUCAUACUUAUUAGGCAAAAACACCAAAAACUCGCAAAAAAUAUAAAUAUUGUCAUGUUUCACAAUGUAAAAUAAUAUUCUUUGCAUAAACAUAUGAAAAAUAAUUAUUUGAUUUCCACUCAACAGUCAAUAACAAGAGGAUGUAAAUUUCCACAUUUUCCUAAAAAAGAAAUGGGAGUAUGCUUUAAAAAUUGAUUUUAAUAAUUCUCCUAUAAAUAAUAUUAAUAUGUGUAGCAAACAUUUUAUUAAAGAUAAUUUCUUACAAUUUACAACAAGUUAUUAUUAUAAUUUAGAAAUAAUGCUCAAAUUAUAUAGAAUAUCUACCAACUGUUAAAUUAAUAUGGAGUAACAUAGGUAGGUACUUUAAUAUGGUUGUUACGUAAUGGGUGUGAUUUUAACAAUUCCAUAGACUUCAUAGGAACAUAGAAACAUAGGUUUUACACUGACAUCACUAGUUUUAACCUUUUAGGACACACAUUGUUUCUGAACAUUUUUUUCUUGGAAAAUAUUAAAAGUUAGCACUCAUAUUACAUAUAAAUUAAAAACCAAAAAAUAGGUGGUUUCACUAUAUUACAAUGCUUCAAAGGGUUAAGACACAUAGUAAUGAUCCUUAAUAUUUUCUUAUAUUAUUAUAUUAUUUUCCACAUAUCCAAAUUCAAUAAUGAAACUUAAAAUGUCAGCUCAACAACUAGAGUAAAAUUUUUUUUUUUUAUUUGAUUAGGUAGGUAAGUAUUAUGAAAUUGAAUAAAAUAAAUUAAUUUAUUCAUAAAAAACAAACUAAAUUAAUAAUUGGCAUUGUGAAAUUGAUUGUUAUUAGUUAUCAGCAUUGACAGUGGUUCUGUUAGUAAAAGUAACUACAGCGCUCCUAUAUUUGCUAUCUAUCGCAAGUAAACAAAUAAAAAUAAAUUAUAAUCAUCAUUUUCUUUCCCAUUUUAACUCAAGCUUAGAACUCUUAUUAAGUUUCUCUUGCUGGCAUGGUUAAAAUUUGUUCAGCUUUUUAUCAUUGAUCUGAUUUAAUCCUCAUAAUAACUUAACCUGCUAAUUCCCUGUUUUAAUUCCGCCAAUAUUACUGAAUCUAACUGGUAUUGCCCUUGAGGCCUUAAAAGUCUGAAAAUACCUUUCUUUAAUUUUUAUUUCAAACUUAUAUGAAUUAGUUAUAUGGUUGCUUAUAAGCAUUGAAAAAUACUUGUAAAUUAUUAUUUUGUAUCCGGCCCAAACAACUGUGGUUUAGGUUUAUUUAGACCUAUGUAAUAGUUAUUCGUUAAAACUCUGUAGUUGAAUGUGUCAAAAUAAUUGUUUAUUGCGAUUAAUAUAUAUAUGAUUAUUGAUACAUAUUUAUUUCUUAAUCAUAUUGAUUAAUCGAUACUAUUGUUUAUGAAAACCUAAGCACAGGACUAGGUUUACUACUUCUACUUAUCAGAUUGAGGAUUUCAAUAGUUCAAAACCUUCUCCAGACAAUGCGGAUCUUUUUGUGAAAACCGCAUACAAAUUGGUCUAGUAGUUUUAGAGAACGUACGUGACAAAAAUGUCCAUUUCACAUUUAUAUAUAUAAUGUAGAUAGAUAGAUAGAUAGAUUUUUAAUGGUUAUCAUGAAUAUAAACAAAAGAAAUUGCAAGGAAUAAAUUUUGUUAUUAAACCUCAAUAUGGCCAAAAAUGUAGACAUAUUACAUUUUACCUAAUGAUUUGUUAACUAAAACCAAUUAUUUCUUUUUAUUGUAAAGAUGAUUCAGUACCCAAAACAUAUUUACCUAACUAUCUUAUUAUGUAUCAUAUGUAUAGAUUUAAUAGAGACAAAGUAGAAAGUUAAAAAAUAAGCAGAAUAAUAAUAGAAUAUGAUAAUCAUAACAAAAUUAUUUAAUAUACUUUGGAUAAUUCAUUUAAUAAUAAUCAAUCAUUAUUUGUAAUUCAGGAAGGCUGUCUUUAAAAAAAAAUAAAGGUAGGUAUAAGAAUAUAUGAUGAGAGGAGAUUUAAAAUACCUGGUUAUCAGUGAUAAUCUAAUUGUCAGAGCUCAACAAUAUUGUAAUAACUGUUAGAUUAUGCUCAUUGAUUUUUUUUUUGUGUGUUAUAAUUCUAUACAAUUACUUUUAAUAUAUUAAGAGUACAUUGCAAUUUGAAAUUGUAUCCAAACAAUAGUAAUUUACAAUAACAACUAGUAUUGAAAAUAUAAGAAUAUUUGUGACAAUAUUAUAGGUACCUACCUAUAUUAUACUAUGAAUCAUAAUCAUAAUAUUAGAGUAUUAGGCCAUUUAGUUUUCAAAUAUUGUAAAAAAAUGUCUAAUUAGUAAUCUAAACAUUCUAAACAAAUUAAGUUCUCAAAAAUGAAAUUGUACAGGAGAGAUGGUAAUUAUGCUUUAAAGUGAAGGAGAUUGAUGGUUACAGUAUUUUAUCUGGAUUGAUAUUUGAAAUGGUGGUUUACAAUAUCAUUUUAGAAUUACAUCAUUUGCAGAGGUGCCAGGUUUUGAAAAUAUCAUGGGUGGCUCACUAUUUUAUAAACACAUGUACAGUUUUACCUAAAUCUUACAAUAUAUUUCUUGUUUUUUUUUGCCUUAAAUUGUUCAUUAAAAAAGUACUAAAAUAUAGUUAUUUGUUAUGUAAAUUUUAAAACUAUAGCAUUAUGGAGAAUCGUAAGAUAAUCUACACUUUGUCUCUGCUAUCAAUAUCAUAAAAAAAAAUUUAUCUUUCUUAAUUAUUUUGUUAUGAAUAAAAUUAUUAGUUUGAGGAUGUACAUGACGAAUAUUGUAUUUUUUUAUAAUAUAAAAACCGUGGGGGUCUGAGUUCUUGCUUAUCAAGUUCAUAGGGGCUGCACCCCCAGAGCCUCCCUGAUCAUUUGUACAUUAUAAAUAUUAAAAUAUGUUAUAAUAUGUUAUAUAUAAUAAACGUAACUUUCAAUAUUACUAUUUAAAUAAAUAAAAGUAUUUAUUGUUUGUUUCAAAAAUGUUAGUAAUAUUUUUCAAAUAAAAUUACUUAACAAAUUAAAUUUAACAUAAAUAACUAAAACAAAGAAACAAAAUUCUAUUAAUAUUAUUUACAACAGUAGGCAACUUUUUAUUAACACUUUGUUUACAAAAAUAUUUAAAAUUUGAUAAAGUUAUAUUACAGAAUUAAAUUUAGCAAAUUUAAACGUAAAAAGAACAUUAAUAAUUAUUUUACUUAUUAAAAACAUAAAAAUACUAUAAAUUGUAAUUUGAUUAAAAUCAAUUCUAACACUAAAAUUCUGACAAAUAAAGUCAGUUUCAACACUGUAAAAUUGAUUUAUUUGGCUCUAGGUUUUCCAUUACACCUUUAACAGUCAUUUGAGUAUCAGAUUUGGUUUUAUUAUUAGAAUGUAUUUUUAUCUUAUUGUCUGGGAGAACAUAAAUGAUAACAUAAUAUUAUAAUAUUAUUAAUAUUAUAAUAUUAUUAAUAUUAUUACAAUUUAAAACAUUAUCCUAAGCUAACAACAAUUUGUCUGGUGUUUGUAUGAUAAUACCUCAGUUGUCAAACCAAUGUUUUACUAAAUCGUUUUUGUAUUUUUCAUUUAAGUUAUUAGUAUCAACUCUGUUGUGACUUACUUGAACACUAUUGUUUUCUUCUCGUGUUGAUGGAAUUGCAUUCAACAUUUGUUUUAUUCUGUUACAAUGCAUAAUGACAAAUUAUUAUUUAGUUACCAUGAAAUUCAUAGAGGAAAUAUUUUGUUUUCAUAGAUGAGUCCGUGAUUAACCAGGUUCAUCCUAGAGGGGUGUGAUCGUUCCCUCUCCAAGAGAAGUGGACUUACCAAUGUAAUUGGCAUUUAGCAUAGUUAUUGGUCCUGAAGUAGAUAUAAUUGAUAUAAUCAAUAUAUUAUUUGACAUAAUUUUUUAGAUUCUCAGUGUAGCAAAGAAUGUAUUAGUUUUACAAAGAUGUUUAUUUUUUUAUAUAUAUAUAUAUAUAUAUACUGUGAACAAUUUCUACCAAAAUUCUUGCUCUGAUAUGUACGUGUAGCACUAUUUAUAAAAGGAAAUAUUGUCUUUUAUUGCAAUAGAGCAGAAGCUUGCUUUGAUUAAUUUGAAAUCAAGUGGUGCAUUGAUUUAACCAAAUCAUUGUAUGCUUAAUUUUCUAUCUUCUGUGGAAAAAUCAUUCUCUAAAUAUUAUGAUAAUUCUGAUGCUUUUUUACUGACAGUUGACGAUUUCUUUAAUACUAUUAACUAUAUGUUACAUAUUUUUCAUGUAAAGAUCAUAAGACUGAAGUUCUUACAUAUAUUAUAACUAAUUAUAUUACUAUACAAAUGCGACAAUUAGGUAUUAUCGUGUUCCAAACUAGUUGACACUUAAAAUUAAAAAUUAAAAAUUAAAAUAAAAUUAAAAAUGUAUUUUGUAACUUCUUGUAUUAUUCUGUGGUUAAAACAAUAACCCACUGGAUAAGUGAAAUUUCACUUAUUCCUUGUAAAAAAAAAAAAAAAACAUUUAGAAUUAUUGUUAUAAUUAUUUAUUCACAAAUGGCGUAAUUGCCUUAUACCGAUCUUAGAGGAAACAUUUCGUUUUCAUUGAUAAAACAUACGGUUUCAGUCCAUUCUUUCUUAGUCUGUGGUGUAGAUAGAACUAUGUUAUUUUAAAAUCUUGAAGUUUAGCAACUGGGUUCCGAUGUCAUCACUGCACAUGCGUAAAAUAUAAAGUGUUUGUGAUAAUAGAUAUAAACCGCAUUUAUCUUACCACUUUACAUACACAAAUAUGAUUGUGAUCCCUAUUCUUUCCGGCACUAUUUCGUUUCUGACGUAUGCGCAAUUAAUACAUCUGUAUCAAGCACAGACUAUCAGACUAUGAUAUCAGAUAUAGGCUGUAGCUCUAAAACGUAGAUUCAAAUACUAGAAACGGUUCUUAUCCUACCUGCUUAAUUGGAAUAAAUGACACAGUUACCUUACUAGAGGAAUAUAUAUGGCUAACAGAAGCUAGUUACUAGAGGCCUUAGUUAUAUUUUGCUAUUGUGGGUUAGUGUGACACCAUUCUUAAAUGAGAAAAUAUUGAAUUUAACUUUGAAAAAAAAAUAUGUGUUUUAUCAUUAUUAGUUAAAACCUCGAUUUCAAUGAAAUCUCACUUGGCCAGUUACAUCACUUGGCCUUUUAACCACCGAUACCUAUAUAAUUAAGAUGUAAUAUAGAAAUUCCUUUUCUUAUUAAAAGAAUUUCAGACAUUUGUAAUAUUCAAAUGCUAAUUGUUCCAAUAUUUUGGUUUCUUGUGAAAUGUUAAGUACUGUCUAUAGAUUACCAACUAAUAUAAAACUAUUGUAGAUUAAUAUUUAAAAAAAAAAAAUAAUAAUAAUAAUAAUAUUGUAUGCAUAUUAUAUGUUUUUAUCACCAGACAUAAGAAAUUAUUUAUUUCAAAGUUACUUUUAUGUUACUUUCUUGUAAGAUAACCUAAUUUUGAAAUGAAUUGAAGCAUGAAAUUAUAAUUGCUAUUAUUUUUUAUUUUUUUAGGAUGUCUAGCAUUAUAAAUGAUAACACAAGUGAUGAAGAAGGAGACUGUUUAGACAAUAUUUUAGUUGUACAAAAAUGUAAAGUUGAGCCUUUUGAAUUCAAUAUAAAAAAAAUUUUAAAAGAAAGACAAGAAGAAAGUGAAUUCUGGAAAAAAAAUGCUGAACUUAGUGAACAGAUAAAAAUUGUUGAUGAUUUAUUUGAUAAAGUAAUAAAUCAGGUUGAUGUUAAAAAUAUUGCACUUCCUAUACCAAAUUUGGGUUAUCAUAUAUUUGACCAUUCUAAGUACAAUAUAUUAUUUAAUAAUAAUUCAGACUCUGGUAUAAUUAAUUCCUACUCACAACGUCUACUAAUAAUGUCAAUUGAGAAAAAUCAGCUUCAGGCCAGUAUUCACUUUUAUCAUUUGAUGCAAGCAAAUUGGACUCCAGUAUUGAAUGUAUGUAUAAAUAACAUUAAUUAUAUAUAUAUUAAAUAAAUUACUAUGUAUACUUUUAUUUAUAUAUUUAUUUGCUAUAUUACAAGUAUUUACCAUUUUAAUAACUUUGUUUUUACUUUAUUAUUUUACUAUUAAUUAUAUUAUUAAAUUAAUAAUAUUAGUAAAUUUGUUAUUUGAUUAUUAUUUAAUUUGUUUUUAGGAUUUUAAGAAUAUCUUAUGCAAUUGGGGAGCUGAUUUAGAUACCUUAACGAAGCCCUUGUUAAAAUGUCAAAUAAAUGAUAAUAUAAAUAUUAAAAGAUACAAUUUUGAAUUAAUAUUGGAUUUCUUUUCACACACUAUUUUGAGAAAUAAUGAAGGAUUUAGUAAAAAUGAUAUGUUAAUAUUAGCUAAAUUGACUGUUGCUAUAUCUCAAGACUAUUAUUGUGGACAAAUAAUAAAUUCGAUAAAACAAUUAUUUAGUGCUUGUGUUGUAAAAGCUCUACAUGAAGAUAGUGAAUUUGAAAUUAAAACAUUUGCUCAAGAAUUAUAUUUGCAAUAUGAGAAAGAUGAUCUAUUACAAAUAGUUGUUGUUUUAUUUUUACCAUUGGAAGGACCCGUUUUGAAAAAAAUAUAUUCAUAUUUAACUUACAAAUUAUUUAAUUUACUUUUAGCAAAAUCUGACAACAUAAUCAAAUCCUUUCCAUCCAGUAUUAAUGAUUGGUGAGUAUUGUAGUUAUUUUUAAAAUAAAUAAUUAAUAAAUUAAAUUUUCAGACCUAAUAAUCCAAGACCAUAAUUUAACAUUACCAACAACAGAUUAAUUUAUUUAAAAUUAAUUAUAUUUUUUAUAUCUACUUUUAAUUAAAUUUCUGUUGGUUGGCAUUUAUAGUAUUUUUAUUGAUAUUACAUUAAAAUCAAUUUAAAAAUGUUAUUAUUGGUAUAUAUUAAAUGCAGAUAAAAUAAAAAAAAUUACAAAGAAAAAUCUUAGCCUGAAAUAUUAUAUAGGUUGUGUAUAUUACUCUCAAAAACAAUUUUUUGUUUUUUUUAUUAUAUGACUGUUGUUUAUUAAUGUAAUUGAAAUAAUUAAAACAAAUAACCAUUUUUUUUUUUUUUUUUUUUUUUUUUUUUUGUAGAAUAAUAUUUUGUUUGAAUAUUUUAUUAUUCUAAACAUAAUUUUUUACAGGUUUAUACAGGAUUUGGUAGACACAAAUUAUUUAAAACAGAUUCCAAAAAGUGAAUUGGAACUAAUUUUUCGAUUAUUGGAACAUGUUGUGUUUAUAUUUAAUUUGUAUAAAGAUGAAGACAAGCUGAGGGAUAUGUUUGAAUUUUUACAUGGUAUCAUUCGGCCAAAAAAUGGAUUAAUAGAGCAAUUUCCAGGAUCUCUAAAACUUCUCAAUAUAAUCGAUCAAUGGAGAUUGCAAUUAUUUAGACUACACGUUUAUCGGAUAAUAGAUUCAAAACAGCAAAUAUGGUCAAAUGUUUGA